AUGUCUGGUCUUCCAUCUGAUGAAGUCGCCGAGGACUACAAGGGUUCCUUGGAGGAUCUGAUGACCAAUGACAGAUAUCAGAUAUCAAAUCUGACCCUGAUCGCAAAGGAGAACACUGAGCAUGCUGAAGCCAUCUCCCGUGUUCUUCAGAAUCAUAUCAAUCGUGCCCCCCCGGCAAGAAAACUACCCGCUCUAUACGUUCUGGAUUCCAUAGCCAAAAAUGUUGGCUCGCCAUACACCGUCUACUUUGGCCGAAACCUCCAUCAGACUUUCAUGCACGCCUAUUCUCAGGUGGACACCAAUGUUCGUCGGAAGCUUGAAGAAAUGCUCAAGACCUGGCGAGAGCCGGUCCCAGGCUCACUGUCAACCACCCCCGUCUUUCCCAUUUCGAGCACACAAACCAUUGUCGACAAUUUGAACAAGUUUCGUGCUGCCACGGCUGCAAAUCCUCGGUAUCAAGCAACGCCUGUCCAAGGCGUCCCCGCAAGAGUGGCUUCAGCGCAGCAAGUCUACCGCCAAACCCCGACGCCACCUCAAUCCGCUGUGCAGUAUCCACCGACCUUGCCAACCCAUAUUCGAAGCCCACAACCGCACCCUGUCACCCCAAUAGGGUCAGGCCAGCCAUACAGUCAAGCACCAUUGAAUUCGUAUGCCCAACCAUACCCAUCGCAACCGAACCCCUACUAUCAACCACCUCAACAACCUCCACCAACAACAGCACCGCAGUUCAGAAAUCUUUCCACUUCUCAGUACCCAGUCCCAUCGACCGGCCACGCAAACUCUUCGAGUUCCGUGGAUGUACAAAAGCUACAUGCCGACAUCGAUGACCUCACUACCGAUGCCAAGAUUGAGUGUGCGACUCAUCCGAUGGACCAAGCUGCACAGCGGCAUUUGACCACACUGCAGACCCUGAAGGAAAUCUUGGAUGGUGGCAGCACAUCGGAGCAAGACUUGGUCAACAUCAGAAACACGAUUAUGCAGCAAAUGAGUGACAAAUUGGCAACGGCUCGACAAAACUCAGCAGCGGCUCCGAUGUCCCUCCAGCAACAGUACUCAACCCCACAGCCCCAGAUUCAGCAUACACAACCACCACCUAUAGUAAUGCCGUCGAUUUUCAACACCACCAAUCUUGCAGAGCUGCUGCGGGCGACUGCCAAUCAACCACCGCAGCAUCAAACAAUACCCCAAUCCAGUUUCUACUCACAGCAGUCUUCGGGUGGUCCAACCGCUCUGUUGUCUGGGAUGACCCCUUCGCCUGUCCCGGGGGCCGUGACCGACAAUCCGCUGCUGGCACAACUCCGAGCAUCGGGUUUAUUAUCUUUUGUUCCAACACCACCUCAGGGAGUUACUCCCCCCUUGUCAUCGCUGGCCACAUUCGCCAGUGAAGCUCGCAUCGAAGUGACCUUCACAUCGGCCGCCAUUAGAAUCCCACGACCUCAUCUGGUGCAAACAUUCAUCAACGCACGGCCUAAUCAAUGUAGCACUUGUGGUCGAAGAUUCACGUCUGAUGAAAUUGGUCGGGAGAAGAAGGCGGCACAUCUGGACUGGCAUUUCAAGACGAAGGAACGGAUGUUGGAAGCAGAGAAAAGAGGUCAGAAUCGGAGCUGGUACGUCGAUGAAAGAGACUGGAUUGGCAGCAAAGAGUAUGAAGACGAUGCGGGACUAAUAGACAAUAAUGGGACGGUUGCAAACGGAGCACCAGUGAACGCGAAAAAAAAGGUGGACUUUGUCAAGGCACCAACAGACCCCAUCAUUCGAUCGCUGCCUUGUCCCAUUGACCAAGAACCAUUCAAAAGUGAAUGGAGCGAAGAAGUGCAGGACUUUAUCUGGGAGGAUGCCAUUCAAGUUAGAGGCCGAUAUUAUCAUGCCAGUUGCUAUGCCGAAGUCACCAAAGGCCGAGACAAAGACGGGGCAUCGACGCCGGGGCCAUCUGGGCGAACCACCACUCCGGACUCGGUCCUAGGGAAACGAAAGGCAGAGCAAGACAUGAAUAACACCAAAUCCAGGCUCAAGGUGGAAUAA